AUGAAAAAUUGUUAAAAUUGGCGCGUUGGUGUUCGGAUUAGUUCGGUAAAAUUCGGAACAGCAGAGAAGCAAGGGGAAUGGAUAGACAGGUCGUGUUCGAGGAACACCGGAACAGGACCAUUCGGUACGUCGCGGAAGAAUGCGUAGCCAUUGUUGGUGCUGCGAUCGUUAGUUUGUAGAUCCGAGAUCGUCAUGGGUACGGAAAGCCAUCCGAUUGUACGAGACUGCAGGAAAAUGUUGGUGGAGCUCGGUAUGGGGCACUGAUACGAUAUUAGUGCGAGAGAUCGACGUCCGCAUUCGUAAGUGUGGAACUAAGUUGGUCGGGCCGCGUCCGCGUUCGUCGCGUAUGCGAACCGAGCGCUCGCGCUCGCACGAGUGAGAGUGAGUGAGUGAUACGGUGGGGCACACUCGGCGGCGGCCAUAACACCGACCAACCAAACUAGCGAGCAGGGAGAAAGCGUAGUUCGAGUGUCCAAGACGUAGUGGUAGUGUUUUACUAAAGAAUUCCCGUGGAAAGUGGACUUCCAUUGAUCAGAUGUUGCUAAUGUUGCGAGUCUUGGCUGGAGGUACGGAGUCUCACAGCAGUGUACAGGGCUGACAUUCAAAGUACUACCAUUUGGUAGGCUUGAGUAGUGUUAUGCCUCCACGGCACCAAUCUCCCUGGUUGCAGCGCAAUCAUCUUGGCAAGCAAUUAGUGAGCUACCAUGCUCAAUUCAGAAUAUAUCCUUGCCAUCUCAAUUGUUGAUGAAGCCUCAUAGCGUCAAGCAUCAACGUAAGGCAGUUACCUGCUGCAUAGCAUUUAUGUACCAUAUAUGUCGGAAAGAGACGAAGCCAAGAUGCAGCAGGUGGACAAUAUCUCGCAAAAUAAUUCGUUAGAUGUGGAGGAGCGAGAAAGGCUGUGUAAUAUACCGAAGAAAUACAUAAAUGAAAACUGGGUAAUGCAGACGAGUGCACCUGGUAAGACAUCGACUACACCAGCAACUCCUGCCAAGGAACCACCGCCACGUGAUGAACCACCCGUGGAACCGGUGAAUGGUGUAGUCCAACCACCUGUUGUGCCACCACCUAAUCGCCCAGGGCGUAUUACCAAUCAACUACAAUUUCUUCAAAAAGGUGUAUUCAAGCCAGUAUGGAAGCAUCAAUUUGCGUGGCCUUUUCAGCAACCUGUAGAUGCCAAAAAACUCAAUUUGCCAGACUACCACAAAAUUAUAAAACAACCAAUGGACUUGGGCACAAUCAAAAAGCGAUUAGAAAAUACGUAUUAUUGGAGCGGGAAAGAAUGUAUCCAGGAUUUCAAUACAAUGUUCACAAACUGUUAUGUUUACAACAAGCCUGGAGAAGAUGUUGUAGUCAUGGCACAAGCACUCGAAAAAUUAUUUCUCACAAAGGUUGCACAAAUGCCAAAAGAAGAGGUGGAACUGGAACCUCCUGUUCCAAAGGGACCCAAAGGCAAAAAGGCUGCCAGAGUUGCUGCACCAGUAGGUGGUGUAGCAGGAGGUGCAGGAGGUACAGGUCGAGGACGACCUCCCUCUGGUGCAGCCGCGGUUACCUCCAGUGUACCAAAUAGUUUGACGCCUUCGGCUACGUCAGCUGGAACAACGGGUGUGAUCCCUAUGCCUCCCCUUGGCACCCAAGCACCCGCAUCAGUACCUGGGAGCACUAAUACGACUACUAUUGCUCCUCCAUCGACCAUGGGUGUCACUCCUAUGGCUACUCAUAAUUCUCUGCCUCAACAAGUGGUCCCUCCAACCAGCGGUUACCAUGCACAACCGGCAAUGGAUCCGCAAGCAGCUACUGCUGUGCCUCCUCCUCCACAAGUUCCCACUGCACCCACGGUCAUGCCUCCAUCCCAGCCAGCAAAACUUAAAAAGGGAGUGAAGAGAAAGGCUGAUACUACAACUCCUACUGCAAACUCUUUCGAACCUUUAUACAAACUGGAUCCUAAAAAUGCCAAACUACCCACAAGGCGAGAAUCUGGCAGACAAAUAAAGAAGCCAACGAGGCAAGCGGAAGACGGCUUAGUGCCAUUCCACCAGGCUAACAUGCCCCUGAUGGGGACAAUGGCCCAACAGCCUCAACACAAUGCUGGCAAGUCGAAAGAGAAACUUUCAGAAGCUUUGAAGUCUUGUAACGAGAUUUUGAAGGAGUUGUUCUCCAAAAAGCAUUCGGGAUACGCAUGGCCCUUUUACAAACCAGUCGAUGCAGAACUUUUGGGUCUUCACGAUUAUCAUGACAUUAUCAAGAAACCGAUGGAUCUUGGUACUGUCAAGACGAAAAUGGAUAAUCGUGAAUAUAAAACUGCACAGGAGUUCGCUAGCGAUGUACGACUUAUAUUUACAAAUUGUUAUAAAUAUAAUCCUCCUGAUCAUGACGUCGUUGCGAUGGCUAGAAAGCUUCAAGAUGUGUUUGAAAUGAGGUAUGCGAAAAUUCCGGAUGAACCGAUGGGAAGUAUGGUAACUAUGAAAGGUAGCAGUAGUAGCGCCAGUAGUUCCGGGUCUGAAAGUUCUUCCGAGAGCGAUGAUUCGGACGAAGAGCGGACCCAAAAAUUGGUUGCUUUACAACAGGAGUUGAAAGCGAUGCAAGAACAAAUGAGAAAAUUAGUGGAAGAAAGUGGUAAGAAGAAGAGUAAAAAGAAGAAACCCGACAAGUCAAAGUCAAGGCCAAUGAGCAAUAAGAGUGGUAGUCUUGUUCCCAGUCAUACUGGUGCCAUGAAAGAACUAAUGAAACCUAGUAGUGGAAUCCCAAGCGUCUCUGAUAGUGUUGGUGCUAGCAUAGCCAGCGUUGCGAUGGGGGCAGGUGAUUUGAAGAUGCCUGGUGGUAUGGGUGGUGAUUUCCAUCAUCCUGCCAUAGCGGUAGGACCUAAUAAAACUCAUGCGACAGGAGGCAUGAGUCAUCAUCUGCCAACAGCGGCGAAUGCGAAGCCAAAGUCCCUAAAAGGGAGACCUGGGAAAGCGGCGACGGCGAACACUGCUAAUAAGAGGCCGAAGGCAAAUAGUAGAUCGGCUGGAACGAAGAAAAAGGCGAGUAGUCAACCACCUCCAAUUACAUUCGAUUCGGAGGAUGAGGACAACGCUAAACCAAUGUCUUACGACGAAAAGAGACAACUUAGUUUGGAUAUCAACAAAUUACCUGGAGAUAAAUUAGGACGCGUUGUGCACAUAAUACAAUCUCGGGAGCCUUCAUUGAGGGAUUCUAACCCGGAUGAAAUUGAAAUUGACUUUGAAACGUUAAAACCAUCCACAUUAAGGGAACUAGAGAACUAUGUCGCUUCGUGUCUUAGAAAAAAGCCACAUAAAAAAGUCAGUGGUAAAUCUAAGGACGAACAAAUGGCGGAGAAGAAGCAGGAACUAGAGAAAAGGUUACAAGAUGUUACAGGGCAGUUAGGCAAUGUUAAGAAAACCGCUAAGAAAGAAGACAGUAGUAAAUCAGUUGACGUAGUGGGAACUGGAGGAGCUAGUGGGCCUUCGCGAUUAUCAGCAUCAAGCAGUAGUAGCAGCGAUAGUGAUUCCAGCAGUAGUUCACUUUCUUCGAGCUCCAGUGAUUCGAGCGACAGUGAAGCAGGAAACUCUUCCAAUCGUCCUCCAAGAAAGAAAGCGAAGAAGAAUACACCAAGUACAGGACCUCCGGCAACAACAACCACUGUUACACCGGCACCUACACUGAAUCAUACCGGAGGUCUGUUAAUGAAUAAUCAACCCACAACAAAUUCAACGGGACCAAUAACAAAACCAACUGUAACUCAGCCUAGCAACAUUUCUUCAGAACAAGGUGGCAAUAAUCAACGUCAGCAGUCCGUGGUAGUAGCGACUGUUGGUCAAGGGAUGCCUGUAGCGAGUCAUGCGUCUAUGCCAGCGCAACCACCGCGAUCCACAGCCAUGGCUACAGCUGCUCCUGUGAAAAAGCCCACGCCACCACCACCGACCACGUCGAAUCCGCCGACCCCAUCAGUUUCUGUACCAACUCCACCACCAAGUGUUACACCUACAAAUACGAAUUCUAUAGUAGCUUCACCGGUUGUGCCUCAGCUACCACAGCCACCUAUUAGUUCCUUUUCGAGUGCAAACACGCCUGUGCCCACAGAUGGGACAGUUUUAACUCAACAGUCAGAUCUUUUACAACCUUAUAGUACUUUAGCUCCUGUGCCUACCACGCAGACAUUGGAACAAUCGAUGUCGUUAAAAAAAAAGCCACACAUACCAAUGAUCCAAACGCCACACACGACAACAAAUAACGCGAACAUGAAUUUACUGUCCGACGUGAAACCACCAGUAAAUAUGAUGCCAACAAGUAUGGCAUCAAAUUUGAACCUGGGAAACAUUACGAUGGCCAAUCUAAAUAUGAACUUGCAACAAGGAUUGGCUACGCAUAUGCCGAUGCACAGCCAAUUGGAGAAUAUGAUAAACACGAGUUCGCCGUUGACCAACAUACAAAACUCCCAUAACGCCACCAUGUCGCAGCAGCAUUCCAACGGAUUUUCUAAUACCAAGCGGGAAAAUUCUCCGCCCAAUAUGUUGAACAAUAACGGUAUACCUGGUCUCAGUAUGGGAAUGAAUAUGGGAGGAAUGGGCUCAAUUUUCGAUCCGAUGUCCAUGGUCUCCAUACCGAUGCAAUUAUCUCAAAUACCAAAUAAGAAAGAAGAAAAAUCGGUGUCUAUUUCUCAAUCGCAAAUACCUCAAAAGUCCAUGGAUGCCGGAGCUCUUUUUGCAGAAAUGAAUACAGGAAUGCCACCGAUGGGGAAUCAUUCGAGUUCGCAGCUUAUGCCUGAGAAGAAAAUGACGCCACCCGAUUCGAAAAAUCCUGUGUCGAAUUUCGCGUCAGCUUUCAAAAAUAAGACUGUAGAACAGAAUGUAAAGAAUGCUUCGUCGUGGUCGUCUUUGGCGCAAGCAUCGAGUCCUCAGUCAGCGGCAGGAAGUAGCAUGAAGAGUGCCGCUCAGGAUUCAUUCCAGGCAUUCAAAAAACAAGCGAAAGAAAAGCAAGAUAGGCAAAGAGCGUUGUUGGAACAACAAGAAAUGCGUAGGCAACAGAAGGAGCAAGCGGAACGAGAACGUUUACGGCAAGAAAAUGAAAGAAGAAGAGAACGGGAAGAAGAAGACGCGUUAGACAAAGUUAGAAAAACUGUUACUGACCCACAAGGAAACAUUAUGACUUCUUCUACGGGGACAGAAGAAGUGAAUAAAGCCAUUGUAGAUACAGACAGUAGUAGUCCGAGUCAAUCAUCCAGUCAAGACAAAGCCGCAGCUGAAAGAGAACGUCAAAGGCUACGAGAGCAAGAACGACGUCGACGCGAAGCGAUGGCUGGACAAAUUGACAUGAACUUGCAAAGCGAUUUGAUGGCUGCAUUUGAGGAAUCGUUAUAAUGUUAUUUGCUCCUUAAAAAUCCAUUGAAACCGGGCAGGACUUGGAUGAUUGUUUGGCGGUGGUCGAUACUGCAGAAACGUAUUAAUAUAUACGUCAGUCAAUAAAAAAACAAAAUAAUAAUAAAAUAGUUAUGAACUGAGUAAAGAAGUCGGUGUAAUAGUAAAGAAACAAAAAUAUAAAUGGUGGUGCGAGUUGGGACAUUCCAACGGAAGGAGAAACCCAAUCUUCAUUAGUCCGAAGAGAGUUAUCGGACCUCAAAGAGACAGUUUAUCAAAUGACAUGAAACUAAUUGUGUGUAAUCGACGGACACAUAAGUGUGACCAUGUAAUUAGAUAAAAUACUUACACAACACUGAAAAUGCUACACUGACUAUUGUGUUACAUUUUUCCGGUUUUCAUAAGUUUGUACUUUAUGUAAAUUUGGAAACAAAACAAAAAAUAUUACGCAGAUGAUAAGUGAAAGAGAGAUUGCGAAUAUGAGAGCGGCAGAGAGAAUGUGAGAGUGCAUCGCGUGCAGUCACCGAAUGUGUAUCAGUGCGAAAGCGAGCGUGGGAAAGUGUAAAAGUUGUGUACAUUUAGUUAAGUUUUAUAUUUUUCCACAUUCAGUCAUUAAUCGUUGGUAGGAUUACAUAGAUAACUGUUUCUGCCAAUAAUAUAUAUAAUUAUUAGCGAUUACUAAUAAUUUUAUUGCAGAUUUCUUUCUUGAUUAUGAAUAUACUAUUUGUAAUCAUGAGAUACAUAGGCUUGUUAAGUCAAUAAUAUAGAAAAGAAAAAUAUACUUAAUGCGAUCAUAUAAAUUGGUGAAUUUAAUCGUAUUGAUCAUCACGAUAGCCCGCAUGACUGUAAAAAAUUAUUACUGACUUGUGGAGUCAGAAAGGGCCAAUCGGUUGAUUUGAAAAUAAAUAAAAAAAAGGAAAUACUUGUAAACUCACCUUAGAACAAAGUCGUCAAUUAUUAUGCAUAACUGUAAGGUGAUUAUAGUAUGAUGUAGUUUCGAUCCUACCAACUAUUAUAUAGAUCCAACGUAUGUACCUAAUUCUUGGUAUGUUCUAAAGAUCGCAGAAACAGAAAGUUUGACACGUUAUUGACUCGUAAACGGAACAUAAUCUAGAGAAGAAUUAUAUUUCUUUGAUAAGAGCUGUGAAAGUUCAUUAAUAAAAAUCAAAAACGCUAGACUUUCAACAAAAAAAUUAUUAAAAUGUAACUCAAAGGAACCGCAUUUGGCGUGCAACAAGCGAUUUGGAUUUUCUAAAUAAGCG